GAGACGCGUUAUCUAUAAUAUUAAAUUAGUAUAAUUUUUAGAAAUAAUAAAUAAAUGUUAGUUUUUGACAAAUAGAAUUUGUUAAAAAUAUUCAUAAAAAUUGAUAAUAUAGCAUUGCAGAACACUAACAAAUCACUCUAAUGUCAAAAAAUAAAAAAAAUAUUAUUUUAGAUAUCUGUUAAUAUUUUAAUAAAGUUUUUUUAGACGUCGAGUUGAGAUUUGUUAUCGACUAAUUGAAGGGAUAUCAGAAUCAGAAGAAGAGAGCAUUUCCGGUGAGAUACAUACAGGUUAUACCAGUUCCUGCCAUUUUGUCUGAAUUUUGUCUUGAUUGAUACUUGACGAAAUUCGCAGAUUAUUACAUUGUUUGGUUUGCUUUAAAUGUGAGGUGAAUUAAGAAAUAAUAUAUCACGAUGGCAAGAUACAGUCAAAGACCUGAAAACGCCCUGAAGCGUGCCAACGAAUUUAUUGAAGUGGGAAAACCAGCUAGGGCACUCGAUACUUUACAAGAGGUAUUUCGGAAUAAAAAAUGGGCAUACAAUUGGUCAGAAUCCGUUUUAGAACCUAUUAUGUUCAAAUAUUUAGAUCUUUGUGUGGAAUUGAAAAAGUCUCAUAUCGCGAAAGAAGGUCUAUUCCAAUAUAGGAAUAUGUUUCAAUCAGUUAACGUCGGUUCACUUGAGAAUGUAAUACGAGGAUAUUUGAGAAUGGCAGAAGAAAAAACUGAAAAUGCAAGAGAGCAAUCCACUCAAGCGGUUAUCGACAUAGACGAUUUAGAUAACUUGGCAACUCCCGAAAGUAUCUUAUUGAGUGCCGUAUCCGGAGAAGAUGCUCAAGAUCGUUCGGAUCGUACUAUUCUCACCCCGUGGGUUAAAUUUUUAUGGGAAUCAUAUUGCCAAUGUUUGGAACUCCUACGUACCAAUGCUCAUGUGGAAAAUUUGUAUCACGACAUCGCUAGAAUGGCUUUCCAGUUUUGUUUGAAAUACAACAGGAAAACGGAAUUCAGGAAGCUCUGCGAUAAAUUGAGAAAACAUCUUGAGGAUAUUUGCAAGUUACCUACUCAAGUAGCUAAUGUUUCAAUGUCAAAACCCGAAACUCAGCAACUGAAUCUUGAAACCAGACUACAUCAACUUGAUUACGCUAUACAAAUGGAAUUAUGGCAGGAAGCGUAUAAAGCCAUAGAAGAUAUUCAUAACUUGAUGAAUCUUUCCAAGAAGAGUCCUGUACCCAAAACAAUGGCUAACUAUUACCAGAAGUUGGCUAUGGUAUUUUGGAAAGCUGGAAAUUAUCUUUUUCACGCUGCUGCGCUGUUCAAACUUUUCCAAUUGUCAAAGGAAAUGAAGAAAAAUAUAACUCCGGAGGAAUUGCAAAGGAUGGCAUGUAGGGUCUUAAUAGCUACUUUAGCCAUUCCACUACCAUCAGCCCAUCCGGAAUUUGAUAGAUUUAUCGAAACUGAUAAAUCCCCAUUGGAAAAGGCCCAACGUUUAGCUGUACUUUUAGGACUCGUUCAAACUCCAAGUAGAGCUAGUCUCCUCAAAGAUCUUGUACGUGUUAACGUAGUUAAUCUAGCAAGUCCUCAACUUCAAGAGCUGUACAACUGGUUAGAAGUCGAUUUUCAUCCCUUAUUAUUAUGCCAACGCGUACACGAAGUGAUUGUUUCACUUGAAUCUGAAGAUAAUUCAUCUUUGGAGCAAUAUGUACCAGCUUUACAAGAUGUUACUCUGGUUCGAUUAGUUAGACAGAUUGCUCAAGUUUAUCAAACUAUAGAAUUCGCUAGGUUACUACAAAUCGCUAAAUUCACUACCCCUUUCCAUUUGGAAAGACUCUUGGUCGAUUGUGUUAGACACAACGAUAUGCAAAUCAGAAUCGAUCACGGAAAGAAUUGUAUUCAUUUCGGAAUGGAUUUAAGUGAAAGUCAAAGGGAGGAUAAACCGGAAGGUCCUACUUUACAAGUUAUGCCCAGUGAACAAGUCAGAAAUCAACUUGUUAAUAUGUCAACAGUACUAAAUCAAGCCAUACAAGUUAUAAACCCCAACAAAAAGAAAGCUGAAAGGGAAAAAGCAAGAGCUAUAAUGGUACAAAAUUACCACGAAACUAAAGUUAGAGAACAUCAAAAGAUUUUACAAAGACAUAAGAUCAUCGAAGACCGAAAAGAAUACAUUGAAAGAUUAAAUACAGUUAGGGAAGAAGAAGAACAAAAGAGAUUAGAAGAAAUGCAAAGACAACACAUUCUCGCCGAACAGAAACGUUUAGAUCAAGAAAGGGAAGAAAGGGAAAGAAAAAGGGCGCUUAAUGAAAUACAACAAAUCAAAGAUAGACAUUUAAAAGAAAAAUUACAACAAAUUAGUCAAACGGGACACGGGCAGAAGAUACUAAAGAAAUUAGAUGAAGAUGAUAUAAAGAAACUAGACGCAGAUCAAAUAGCAGCAAAAGAAGCGGAAGAAUUACAAAAAGAACGCAGAGAACUGCAAGCGAAAUUGAAAUCACAAGAAAAGAAAGUGGAUUAUUUCGAACGUGCUAAACGUUUAGAAGAAAUUCCUCUGUUGCAAGCUAAUAUGAAAGAACGUCAACUCCAAGACCAAAACUUCUGGGAACAACAGGAAAAAGAAAGAAUCGAAGCUGCUAUCGAAGAAAGAAAACUAGCAGUAGCUACAAGAGACCGACUUUUACGCAUGAGAGCCGAUAAAGACGAAUUCAUAACUAAACUGAAGAAAGAAAGAAACAUAGUUUACGAAGAUAAACUGAAAGAAUUUGAACAACGUCUAUCAGACGAGAGAAAGAAAAGAUUAAUGAAUAGGAAACAACAAAGAAAAGAAGAAAGACGUAUACAGUAUUUGAAAGAAAAAGAAGAAGAGAACGAGCGCAGAGCGGCCGAAAAACGACGACGCGAAGAAGAGGAACGUCAAAGAAUCGAGGAACAAUUGAGAAAAGAACGCGAAGAAAAAGAAAGAUUGGAAAGAGAAGAAAACGAAAGGAAGAGGAGAGAACAUCAAGAGAGCUUGGAAAGAACAGCGGCUAAACAGAGAGCUAGGGAAGAAGAAAUCGAAAAGAAACUGGCUAAAGAAAAGGAGAUUGUCGGUGAUAAAUCGAAGGAUUAUUGGAGGAAGGAUACUUCGAAGAGGGAUGCUAGUUCUUGGAGGAGCGGGGAGAAAACUAUAGCAGAUGAACCAAAAAAGAGCGAAGUCUGGAGACCUCGUUUUCGUGCUGCUCAAGAAGGGCAAUCAAAGGACAGUUGGAGAUCAGAAGAUAAAAAAGAUGAAAGACAAGAGCGCGACGAUAAACGUGACGAACGUCGUGGUGGUUACGAUAAAAACGAUAGAUUUGGAGAUAGAGAUAGAUUCACGAGAGAUAAUAAAGAUCGAAGAGAUGAUAAUAGAAGAGGAGGUGGUGAAGAAAGUUGGCGUUCAAAGACUGAUGACGAACCACCGAGGAGAGCUACUAUAAGAAAAGAUGGUCCUUCGGACGCUUGGAGGAAUAAGGAUAACGAUCGUAGAGACGAACCAAGAAAAGACGAAAGAAGAGGAACUCCAAUGACCAAAGAGAAACCUAUCCACCAACAAUCCCCGCAGCAAGAAGGUGAAGCCGGGUGGUCUCAAGUAGUGAAAAGGCGUUAACUGUAUUGUUAAGUAGAGCAUAGUAUAUUCAAUAUAACUGUUACUUUUUAUUUAGUGGUUAUCACGGAAAAAUGGUAGUAAUUCAUUAGUUUUUUGGUAUUCUAGCAAAUCUGUGUAAUAAAUCAGCUUAAAAAUUAUGUAAUCUAUUUUUCCUCCCU